AGCAGCAAACAAUUGCGGAUAGACUUUCGUACCCCUUUUUAUCUUUUUCAAAUAAAAAAUCCUGUUGUUGGUGAUAAGUGAAGAGGCAUUGCGAAGCUGUUCUACGCAGAACACCCCCCGUUGCUGCAGUUUGUCCGUCCGCUUUAUUCUAGUCAACAGUAAAUAUUGGAAUAUUGGUUGUGUGUGAAGCCUACACCAGGCUGUGCAAGGAUCCAUUUAUCCGAAUCUCCGUUCUGUCUGCGUGAGAAAGUUGAGCUUCCGGAAAAGUGUAUGCACAAAUUGGUCUCUUCCUUGCUAGUGCGUAGCUGUGCAGUUGUUCUUACUCCACGUUCUACACCGUUACAAGUAGCUGCUGGGAGCGGUUUAUUUUCCAGUGUAUUUCGCCGAACGAAGUACGGUCGACUCGCUAUGCCCGAAGCAGCCGCUACGUCCGAAACCCACCGGUUCGUCUACCCGGAGGCGCGCCGUGAUGAUACUGUGGCAGAAGAGUUCCACGGUGUGACGAUUGCCGAUCCGUACCGUUGGCUGGAGGAUCCGGAUGCGGCCGAAACGCAGGCAUACGUGGAGAAGCAGAACGAAAUCUCCAAACCGUUCAUGGACACCUGCCCCGAAUGGAAGAAGCUGAAUGAAAAGUUGCGAAAGCGCUGGAACUACCCGAAAUACUCGUGCCCGUUCAAGCACGGCAAUAAGUAUUUCUUCUUCAUGAACACCGGUUUGCAGAACCAGGAUGUUUUGUACGUGCAGGAUAAGCUUGACGGUGAACCGAAAGUGUUUCUAGACCCAAACACACUUUCGACCGAUGGAACCAUCGCGCUCGUUGGGUCACGAUUUUCCGACGAUGGUAAGCUGUACGCGUACGGAUUGAGCCAGAGUGGUUCCGACUGGACAAAGCUCAAGGUCCGUAACGUUGAGACGGGUGAAGAUUUUCCGGAAACGAUCGAACACACCAAGUUCGUUACUGCUUCCUGGACGAAGGACAAUAAAGGGUUCUUUUAUGCGCGCUAUCCGGUAGUGGACGGAAAGGCGGACGGUUCCGAAACGGCUGCGAACGAGAAUCAAAAACUGUACUACCAUCGGGUCGGUGAGUCGCAAGAUAAGGACGUGUUGAUUGCUGAGUUUCCGGAGGAACCAUCAUGGAGAUUAAUGCCAGAAGUAUCCGAUUGCGGUAAAUAUUUGAUGCUGUUCAUUAUGAAGGGCUGCAAAGAUAUGCUGCUAUACUUUAGCAAUUUGGAAAAGGCCGGAACUUUAGAAUCGAAGCUUGAAUUCGUGAAGGUGGUCACCGAGUUCGAUAGCGACUAUGAUUACGUUACCAACGAAGGUAACAUAUUUUCGUUCCGGACGAACAAGGGCGCUCCAAACUAUCGGAUCGUGAACAUCGAUUUUGAACAGCCCGAGAUGGAGCAUUGGACAACGCUAGUACCGGAGCAUUCGAAGAAUGUGCUCGAUUGGGCGACUUGCGUGAACAAGAACCGCAUCGUGCUCGGGUACAUUGAUGAUGUGAAAUCGAUGCUGGUGGUGCACAGUCUCGCUGAUGGUAGCUUCGAGUCGAAAUUCCCACUAGAGAUUGGCACUGUGGCUGGGUUCAGUGGCAAGAAGAAAUAUUCGGAGAUAUUCUACCACUUUGUAUCGUUCCUAACGCCUGGCAUUAUCUACCAUUACGAUUUCGAGGGCAAGCAGGAGGAGGGUUCAGCGAUGAAACCGACCGUCUUCCGCGAGGUGAAGAUUGAAGACUUCGACAACAGCCAGUACGCAGUGGAACAGAUCUUCUAUCACAGCAAGGACGGCGAAAAGGUGCCAAUGUUUAUCGUGCAGCGAAAGCAGGAAAAGAAGGAACAUAAACCGUGCCUGCUGUAUGGUUACGGUGGGUUUAACAUUUGUGUGCAGCCAUCCUUUAGCAUCACGGGGCUGGUGUUUAUCGAUUCUUUUGAUGGUAUUUUGGCGUACCCGAACAUUCGCGGUGGCGGUGAAUACGGUGAACGAUGGCAUAAUGCUGGCCGAUUGUUGAAGAAGCAGAAUGUGUUCGAUGAUUUCCAGCAUGCCUCGCAGUAUCUGGUGGAGCACGGUUACACAACUCAUGAUAAGAUCGCCAUACAGGGUGGUUCAAAUGGAGGGCUGCUUGUGGGGGCAUGCAUAAACCAACGUCCGGAUCUGUUCGGAGCAGCCAUUGCGCAAGUAGGCGUGAUGGAUAUGCUGCGCUUCCACAAAUUCACCAUCGGACGUGCCUGGGUGUCGGAUUACGGUGACAUGAACGAGAAGGAGCAUUUCGAGAAUUUGCUACGCUACUCGCCACUACACAACGUGCGCAAACCCACAUCGGAAAAGGACCAGUAUCCGGCUACACUGGUGCUGACGGCUGACCAUGACGAUCGCGUCAGUCCGCUGCAUUCGCUCAAGUUUGUUGCCGCACUGCACCAUGCCAUUAAAGAUAGUGAACACCAAAAAAAUCCAUUGUUACUGCGCGUCUACAGCAAAGCCGGCCACGGUAUGGGCAAACCGACAGCCAAGAAGAUCGAAGAAGCGACCGACAUCCUUACGUUCAUGUACAAGGCACUCGGGCUAAAACUUUCGUUUUAAACACCCAGCCCUUUUGUGGUGUCUUUUUUACAUGAAUGCAUAUAGUCAUUUGCCACUGUGUAUUUUGUUUUUGCUGGAGGGAAGAAACAAAAUUUAACUCUCGGAAUAUUGUACACUCUUUUUUGGUGACUUACAUUGCUUAGAUUUUGCAUAACAAGGCGCUUGCGGCUGUUGCACGGCCAGUAAUGUUGCGUUAUGUACGCAACAGUAAUUGUCAUCAUUAGCGAUUGAAUUUGUGGAGCAAAUAAAAAUAAAUCAUUGUUUAAAAUAAAUUCCUUUGAUGUGAAACCAUUGUUUGAUUUCAGUCAAGAAACGAUUGUUCAGUAAAAGUUAAAAAAUAAUUAAAUCGCCGUUUUUAUUUAACCCUCCAUGUUUUGUGAAAUCCCUUUUCAGGAGGGAUGGUAAGCGAAAUAAAUAAAUGAACGAUUGACUGUCGAGUGCAAUAAAGGAAUUUAUACUAUAACCGGGAAAAUGGCACAUGCAUCCUUUCUACUACUAAAGGUAUGUCUGUAAUGAGAAACAAUAGAAAAAGAGAAUAUAAAAUGUUAAAACGAUGACAUAAAUACGCGAUGAAGUACGUUAUUAGUGACAUUAGUAGAUACAAUGUACGAAGUCUGUGCAUUCAUUCGUGGUGCUUUUUUCGGCGAUUGCAGUGUUACUCGAUCUACCGUUUGAAUUUAGUCACGAAUCAACUCAUCAGAC